AUGUACACCACAGUAGAACAGCAUUCACAGCCCCUGCUGCUGCUGCUGCCACAACGUCAUCAUUCUAAUUAUUUUCCAUCAACUUUUAAAACUACAACUCCGUCUCAACAACUUCCAGGAGAACAUCAUAAUCCAACUAAAGAGAUUUCAAGUUCAUUUCAACAAUUAUCAUUAAACAUUCCGCCUCCAGAUACAAAGAAGUUCAAUUUCAUAUGUUUAUUUUUCAAUCAUAUUUUAAAAUUGAAGGAUCCUACGAUAAUUUUAGAGAAAGAAAAAGACAUUCUGAAAUUUAAUAAACUAUGUAAGAUUGAAACAGAUGAAGAACAGCAACCAGUGGAGAUUUUGAAAAAUUUGGUGUUUCCACCAGAUAUAUGGAUACGAGAUGAAAUCAAAGUAAAAGAUAUAAAAAUCAAGUCCACAAUGUUGAACGAAGUGAAUGAAAUGAUUGAAACAGAAUUGAAAGACGUGAACGACCAAUCUACCUUUGAAGAGAUUACACUUAAUUACUAUGCAAAACUUUUGGUGGCUUAUAAAUUUUAUGACAUUCCAAUCAGAGUCUCACACCCAACUCCAUAUUUAGCGCAUAAUCGAGUGUUGGAAGAGGAAGAAGAGGAUGGUAAUAGAAGUCCUGAUUUUGAUUUUGGAUUCUUGGAAAAACCAGUGUACCGUACAUCGUCAAACCAAUCCAGUGGUUCUUCUAAAUCCAAAGAUAGACGAUCAAGCACCGGUAGUAAUUUAUCAAAGAAAAGAUUCCUGUCAUUUUUAGGAGGAAGUACAUCUACAUCUUCUCCAGAAAGUUCUACUCAACCACCUUCAAUCCCACAAUCAAACAUGUCCAAUAGUCCUCCACCACAACUACAAUAUCCAAUACUACCACCUCCACAAACCAGCCAGCAGCAGCAACAACAACAGCAACAACAACAACUGGUGCAGCAGCAGCAACGACAUUCACAACAUUCGACAUCAUCCUCAUCACCAAAGCAACAACAUACACCAUUAGCAACUACGUCAUCCUCACCUACAUUACCACAAGAAGGAACUUUCAAUAGUAUACUAAGCAAAAGUAAAUUAUAUGGAAGAAUUAAAAAACAUCGUGAAUCACAGGCAUCAAUGACUUCAAACAUGUCACUGCAAAGUCUUGGUAGUAAUAACAGAAAUAGUGUUAGCACGAAUGCGACUACAACAAGUGUUGGCUCACGAAGACGAAGCAAUUAUGCUGUUUCCAGUACUAGUUUAGGUGCAAGUACUUCAUUAUUGUCAUCAGCAUCAACCAUACAUGAUGAAACCAUUGAACAAAGAGUAGAAAAUCUGAAAGAUAAAUAUGAAUAUUACAUUCAAAUAUUGAGAUUAUUUAAAAAUAGUGAAAAGAUAUUACGUGUUUUGGUCAAUAGUCAUAAUAUCAAUAAUAAAUUAUUGAAGUUUAUUGAAUUCAUAAAGAAACGAUUAUUGAAAUUUAUAAUGAUUGAUAUUAUGUCUAUGAUGUUGACUUAUUGUGAUUUACAAUGUGUUAAUUUUUAUAAUGUUAAAUAG